AGAAAAUGAUCAUCAUUAAGAAUGUUGAUUCUAGCCAAACAGACCCUCCACGUGCUAAGCGAUGGCUCCGUGGUACUCGUUGGCUCUUUCUCUUGAUCAUCUCCGUCCUCAUCUACGGCUCUCACGCCCCUCUCAUCGCUCUCACUAAAUCAGACGGCCGUGUCCCCUUCAGCCCGUCGUCCUGCGUUGUUCUGAUCGAACUCGGCAAGCUGCUGAUCUCUCUCAGUGCUCUAUUUGCUUCAGGAGACAUCCGUACCAUCGGGGUUUCUGUAUCUCGGGCCGCAGUGAUGCCGUACGCUCUCCCUGCUCUGCUUUACGCAUUCAACAACAACCUGGUGGUUUUCAUGCAGGCUUACAUGGACCCCAGUUCCUUCCAGGUUCUCAGCAACUUGAAGAUCGCCUCUACCGCUCUGCUCUACACCUCCUGCCUGAGGAAGAGGCUGCGUCGUGCUCAGUGGAUGGCCCUGGCCUUUCUCAUGGUGGCUGGAGCACUUCACAGCUACUCCAGCCUGGAUUGGGAGAUCCCAGAUCAGGGAGGGGAGGACACAAGAGCUGCGCUUCACAUCACAGCCUGGGGACUGCUGCUCGUUCUCCUUUACUGCUUCGUGUCCGGACUCGCUGCGGUCUACACUGAGAGGGUUUUAAAAAGCCAGCGUUUGCCUCUGAGCCUGCAGAAUCUGUUCCUGUAUAUAUUCGGCGUGGGGAUCAACCUAACGUCACAUCUGUACAGCAGCGGAACAGAGCAGGCUUUUCUAGAAGGAUAUUCUGUACUAGUGUGGGUCAUCAUAGCAGGACAGGCAGCUAACGGCCUGCUGAUGUCUGUAGUAAUGAAACACGGAACUGGAAUCACACGACUCUUCAUCAUCUCCUCAGCCAUGCUGGUGAACAGCGUGCUCUCGUGGGGGCUGCUGGGAUUGCAGCUCACGCCUUUCUUUCUCCUGCCUGUGCUGCUGAUCGCAGUGGCUGUGUACCUCUAUUACAGGUAAAUGAUCAGGAAGUAGGGCUGCACACUUGAUUUUACUCAGGAUUGCAUUUCCUGGCUUUGUAAAUGAGUUAAACGCACUUGUCUGCAGUGUUCCUCUGACUGGCUAAUGGCACACAGCACCAGUCAAAAGUUUGUACACCCCUACUUUACUCGUUUAUUUUUUUUUUUCCGACAUUGCAGAACAGUACUGAAGACAUUGAAACUAUGAAAUAAUAUAUAUGGAAUUGUGUGGUAAACAACAAAAAGGUUCGUAUUUUAGAUUCUUCAAAGUAGUCAGCGUUUACCUCGAUGACACUUUGCACACGAUUGGCAUAAUCUUAAGCAGCUUCAUGAGGUCGUCACCUGGAAUGCUUUUCAAUUAACAGGUGCCUCGUCAAAAGUUAAUUAGUGCAAUUGCUUGCCGCCUUAAUGUGUCUGAGAUCAAAUAGUAAAUAAUAAAUAUACAGUAAAUAGUCCUGUUCUACAACUGCAGUAAUCCAUAUUAUGUCAAGAGACGCUCAACUACGUAAAGAGAAACGACAUCCAUCAUUACUUUAAGACAUGAAGUGACUUUUAAAUUAAUAAAAAUAAAGAAAAACACUAAAUUAGAAGGUGUGUCCAAACUUUUGGCUGGCAUUGUGUAUUAAUUAUCCUACUUUUUAUUUUUAAAAUCAGCCUGCUGAUUUAAAAAAAGAAAAAAAAAUGAGCUCCCCAUUUAAUUAAAUGUGUUUUUAUAUUUGUGUUUUUAUA